CCCCCUUUGACUCUGCGGUGCGGACAAGUCGAACCGCUUCGGGCUGAAGAAAGAUAUGAUGAACUCGGUCGCGCUGCCCUUCCUGAAGAAGUCCCGCCACGACGAGAUGCUGGGUGAAGACGCCAGCGGCUCCAUGGUUGAGGGCGUCGGCAGCAUGAACAGCUUCAUGCUGCCGCCUGUGGCUGACCCGGCGCUCUAUUGCCGCACGAACCUCAAGAUCAAGUACCACGAAGACAACGACCAGACGCUCAAGUUCGACAAGGGUACGACGACGCUGGCCUUCUGCUUCAAGGGUGGCAUCCUUGCAGCCGUCGAUUCGCGCUCGACGCAGGGACCGUUCAUCGCGUCGCAGUCUGUCGACAAGAUCAACGAGAUCACGCCGUACAUGCUUGCGACGAUCGCGGGUGGCGCCGCCGACUGUCAGUACUGGCAGCGUAACCUCGCCGUGCAGUGCCGCAUGUAUGAGUUGCGCAACCGUCACCGCAUCUCGAUCCGCGCCGCGAGCAAGCUCAUUGCCAACACAUGCAACUACUACAAGUCGUACGGCCUCUCGCUUGGUAUGAUGAUGAUGGGCUACGACGACGGCCAGCCGACGCUCUACUACGUCGACGACGAAGGGUCGCGCAUGCGUGCGAGUGCGAAGAAGCCGAAGUUCUCUGUCGGCUCGGGUAGCACGUACGCGUACGGUGUCUUGGACACGCAUUACCGGUGGGACUUGGAAGACGACGAAGCAAUUGAGCUCGGCCUCAACGCAAUCUACCAAGCCACGUACCGCGACUCGUACAGUGGUGGUCUUUGCCGCGUCUACUUGUUCAAGCCCGACGGCUACCAGAAGGUCCAUGACAUUGAUGUCGCCGAGUUGCACGAGCGCUUCGGUGGCCGCAACUAAGUCGUGGCAGCAACCCAUGUCCUGCGCAACGAAGUGCAGCACUAUUGCAUAAUAUGACACGCAUGCUCGCA